GUUUCAAUCCUCCUGUAGCUGAAACCCAGCUUCUGAGCUCUGAGAUGAGUGCCACAAAGGCUUCCCUCCCUAUGCUCAGUACCACAGACAGCCUGCAGGAAGGAGAAAUGGGUAAAAAACUUGAAGUAAAAUGUCACAGAAUUGUCUCCUCUGAGUCUCCUGCUAAGCUUUACUGUUGCUAUGGAGUGAUCACGGUCCUCACUGUAGCUGUAGUUGCUCUUUCUGCUGCUUUGUCAGUAAGAAAGACAGAACAGAUCUCAAUCAAAAAGAUGGAUACUCUUUGCCCCAGCAACUGGAUUGGAGUUGGAAAUAAAUGUUUUUAUUUUUCUGAAUACUCAAGUAACUGGACAUCCAGCCAGGACUUCUGCAUGGCACAAGGGGCCCAACUAGCUCGAAUUGACAGCCUGGAGGAGCUGAAUUUCCUAAGGAGAUACAAGGGGAUUUUUGACCACUGGAUCGGCCUGCACCGAGAGUCAUCAGAGCACCCUUGGAAGUGGACAGAUAACACUGAGUAUAACAAGUUGGUUCCCAUCCAGGGAGUGGAAAACUACGCAUACCUGAACAGUCACGGUCUCAACAGUGCCAGGGUCUAUGUAAAUCGCAGGUGGAUUUGUAGCAAGCUCAACAGCUAUAGCCUCCACUGUCAAACUCCCCUUUCUCCUUUCUAACAUUUAACAAGAGAAGCUUCUUAGCCUGUUAUCUAUGGGUGCUACUCUUUACCCUAUGGCUCCACAUUGCUAUCAAAACAAAUUAAGAGUAUUUUCUAACAUCACAAGUGAAAACCAUCUUGGAGAGCUGCACAUACAGGGGAUUACAAGAACAUAGAUGAGUCUAAAAUAGAUGCUGGCACUCAUACCUUAAGCCUAAAGUACAACUAAUGUUCAUGAGCCCCACUUUUGUGUUAUGAAGUUUUUGUGCAGAGAAGUCCUUCUUUUGAAUUUAUGAGACCACAAAAAUAAGUCCCCCAACAUGCAUGUGACCUUUAAUAAUGAAAGCAAAAUGGCUGGGAUAGUGACAUGCAUCUGUAAUCCCAGCUAUGUAAGG